CCACAACUCCCUGAGAUCUCCCAGGUGGCAGCAGCCUCCCCGAGCCAGGUGCAUCAUCAUGACCAAACUGAGCGCCCAGGUCAAAGGAUCCCUCAACAUCACCAGCCCAGGGCUCCAGAUAUGGAGGAUCGAGGCCAUGCAGAUGGUUCCUGUUCCUCCCAGCACCUUUGGCAGCUUCUUUGAUGGUGACUGCUACAUAGUCCUGGCUAUCCACAAGACAGGUAGCAAACUGUCCUAUGACAUCCACUACUGGAUUGGCCAGGCCUCGUCCCAGGACGAGCAAGGGGCGGCUGCCAUCUACACCACACAGAUGGACGACUUCCUGAAGGGCCAGGCUGUCCAGCAUCGUGAGGUCCAGGGCAAUGAGAGCGAGGCCUUCCGAGGCUACUUCAAGCAGGGCCUUGUGAUCCGGAAAGGGGGAGUGGCUUCUGGCAUGACGCAUGUGGAGACCAACUCCAGCAAUGUCCGGCGGCUGCUGCAUGUGAAGGGCAAGAGGAACGUGAUGGCUGGAGAGGUGGAAAUGUCCUGGAAGAGUUUCAACCGUGGGGACGUUUUCCUCCUGGACCUCGGGAAGCUUAUCAUCCAGUGGAAUGGGCCGGAGAGUAACCGCAUGGAGAGACUCAGGGGCAUGACCCUGGCCAAGGAGAUCCGAGACCAGGAGCGGGGUGGACGGACCUACGUGGCUGUGGUGGACGGGGAGAAUGAGAAGCAGUCCCCGCAGCUGAUGGAGCUCAUGAACCAAGUGCUGGGCAAGCGGAAUGAGCUGAAGGCAGCUGUGCCUGACACGGUGGUGGAGCCUGCACUCAAGGCCGCCCUCAAGUUGUACCACGUGUCUGACUCAGAAGGAAAGCUGGUGGUCAGAGAAGUCGCCACGCGGCCACUCACACAAGACCUGCUCAAUCAUGAGGACUGUUACAUCCUGGACCAGGGGGGGCUGAAAAUCUACGUGUGGAAGGGGAAGAAAGCCAACGCCGAGGAGAGGAAGGGAGCCAUGAGCCAGGCACUGAACUUUAUCAAAGCCAAGCAGUACCCUCCAAGCACGCAGAUAGAGGUGCAGAAUGAUGGGGCGGAGUCUGCCAUUUUCCAGCAGCUCUUCCAGAAGUGGACAGUGCCCAACCGCACCUCAGGCCUAGGCAAAACCCACACUGUGGGCUCUGUAGCCAAAGUGGAGCAGGUGAAGUUUGACGCCACAUCCAUGCAUGUCCAGCCUCAGGUGGCUGCCCAGCAGAAGAUGGUAGAUGACGGAAGUGGGGAGGUGCAGGUGUGGCGCAUUGAAAACCUAGAGCUGGCACCUGUGGAUUCCAAGUGGCUGGGCCACUUCUUCGGGGGUGACUGCUACCUGCUGCUCUACACCUACCUCAUCGGAGAGAAGAAGCACUACCUGCUUUACAUCUGGCAGGGCAGCCAGGCCAGCCAGGAUGAAAUCACAGCCUCAGCCUAUCAAGCCGUCAUCCUGGACCAGCAGUACAACAAUGAACCUGUCCAGAUCCGGGUUCCGAUGGGCAAGGAGCCACCUCAUCUCAUGUCCAUCUUCAAAGGACGCAUGGUGGUUUACCAGGGAGGCACCUCCCGAGCUACCAACCAGGAGCCUGUGCCCUCCACACGGCUGUUCCAGGUCCGGGGAACCAGCACCAACAACACCAAGGCUUUUGAGGUCUCAGCCCGGGCCACCUCCCUCAACUCCAAUGACGUCUUCAUCCUCAAGACCCAGUCCUGCUGCUACCUGUGGUAUGGGAAGGGCUGUAGCGGGGACGAGCGGGAGAUGGCCAAGAUGGUUGCUGACACCCUCUCCCGGACGGAGAAGCAAGUGGUGGUGGAAGGGCAGGAGCCAGCCAACUUCUGGAUGGCCCUGGGCGGGAAGGCCCCCUAUGCCAGCACCAAGAGACUGCAGGAGGAAAACAUGGUCAUCACUCCCCGGCUCUUUGAAUGUUCCAACCAGACCGGGCGCUUCCUGGCCACAGAAAUCACUGACUUCAACCAGGAUGACUUGGAAGAGGAUGAUGUGUUCUUGUUAGAUGUCUGGGACCAGGUCUUCUUUUGGAUUGGGGAGCACGCCAACGAAGAUGAGAAGAAAGCCGCUGCUACCACUGUGCAGGAAUACCUCAAGACCCAUCCCAGUGGCCGGGACCCCGAGACUCCCAUCAUUGUGGUGAAGCAAGGACACGAGCCCUCCACCUUCACUGGCUGGUUCCUGGCGUGGGAUCCCUUCAAGUGGAGUAACGCCAAAUCCUACGAGGACAUGAAGGCGGAACUUGGAAACUCUGGUGACUGGAGUCAGCUCAUUACUGAGAUCACAAGCCCUAAACUGGAUGUGUUCGAUGCUAACAGCAACCUCAGUUCUGGGCCUCUACCCAUCUUCCCUCUGGAGCAGCUGGUGAACAGGCCGGUGGAGGAGCUCCCCGAGGGUGUGGACCCCAGCAGGAAGGAGGAGCACCUGUCUGUUGAGGACUUCACCAAGGCCCUGGGGAUGACUCCAGCCGCCUUCUCUGCUUUGCCUCGAUGGAAGCAACAGAACCUCAAGAAAGCAAACGGAUUAUUCUGAGAAGCAAGAGUAGCUGCGGUUGUGAAGGCACUCCACUGCCCUGCUUGCAGUUCCAUUUUGUUUCCAUUACUGGUGUUAAUCCUAUACUAAUUGAAAUUUUACACUUGUACCUGUGAGCAGCAGGCAGUCUGUGGCGAAGCCACUUCUGUUUAAUAACCUAUUCUUCCAGAAAGUUGCUGCUCCCCUAAGGACGUCCCCAUUUCAGCUCUCUAGGUGGUCGCGUUUUUUCUAUCUUGGGAUGCUGUGUCACUUUUAACCAUCAUGCUGUAGAGCUUUCCAUUCUUAGAAGAGGAGCCAAACACUCCACCGAGCAUUGGUUCUGAGGAACCUUCCCUAGGCUUUUAUCAGUGGCAGGUGGGCUGAAGCAUUUUGCAAUUUUACACUGUUCCCCGAGUAAUGGCUUUUCCUUUUCAUAUAUACUGUCUUCACUGCCUUCCACUACCUUCCUCAACUGUUAAGGGGAUCCUUUCUUUGAGUUGAAUGGCCUAGGAGAUGACCCUAAGUUUCUCACUAACCAGUCCCAAGAGUGACAGUUCCACUGGGUCUAAGCUUGAGGCCUAAAGGCAAGUAUGAAAUGCAAAUGCCAUUUCACCCCCUCUUUGGUCCUCUUAAUAAGGCAAAGGAAGAGCAUAGCUAUAGCCAAUGCUGGAUUUGCAAGCCAUUACCCAGAACCUCUGCAAAGCUUCACUGGCUCCUCACAUGAAAGCAACGGGAACUCAGUGCUGACUAUGGGCAUAUGUUGGGUUGCCAUUCCAUUUCCUUUAAGGUUUAACAGUGCUGCAUGGAAGUCCAAGUGAGAGGCCAACAGAAGGCAAUUUCCACAGCUUCAACAACUGGUUAAGUGUCUGCAAGAAUAUGUCCUUUUCAGAAAUAAGUCAAACCAACGCAAGGUUAAUAAAGGCUUUAAUUUCACACACACAAAAAACUCUAUGCAUAAUUUAAAAGGAAACCAAAACAAGAAAAAACUGAAAAGGAUACUGAGGAACAAUUCUGCUAAAACACAGAUAAAGUGCCGCUCCAUACAAAACAACACAAAGAAUAAGAAUCAGAAGUCACUCUGAACACAAAGGAACAUCACCUCACAGAUAAUGUGGCCAAAGCUGCCAGCAAACCUGGCAGUGGCUCAAUUAUGCCAAGUGUAGGAAGCUUACUUCUUGUUUUCCUCUCUGUAGCAUAAAUAAACACUAACAGGCCAGAGGUCGGAGGGAAACUUGGGGACCAGGUGUGUACAGCCACAUGUGGUCUCACUCUUCGCACCCUCUCCGUUCUUGAAAUAGACCAGUUCAGUCGAUUGCUCUUCUGUUUUGGCAUCUGACCUGACCAGCUUGGGUCCUGAUCCAGACCCUCAAUCCACUCUAUUCUUACGCCAGUGUACAUGCCUAUACUUCAAACCUCUGUACUUUAAGAAAAGUCCAAUAUUACCAAAAUCAACUGCUUAUAGUCAACUGGCACACGUUUUAUUCAAAACGUCAGACACACAGCACACAUGGAAAGGGAAAUAUACUUUGUUCAUAAAUAUGAUAGAAUGAAAGAGACUGCCUGAAGUCUAGUAAUCAAAGCAUGCCAUAAAGGAGUCAAUGAUUGUAGUGAGACACAGCAGAAGAGUCCUGCCACAAAACUCUCAAGGCCUAACAAACUAUAGUGUCCCAAUUUAAAAAAAACAAAACAAAACAUAUAUAUAUAUUUUUUUUUCAGAUGUUAAUAAGGUAUCAAUAGAGGUAAAAUAAGAAUUUUGAAGUAAUGAAUUAGAAAGAUGUUAGAGGGCAGGUAUCUGUUUAGUUUUUGUAUAUUUAUAGAGUGCAUUACGCAGUGCAAAGCAAGAUGGAGAGGUAAAGGACAUAUCUAAUUUGGGGGGACACUUAUGUGACUUGCAUCUGGUACUGGGUUGCUGUUGACUUUUGUAAAAAUCUUAUAUAUACAAGAUCCAUAUGUACUUGGAAGCCUAUGUGUUUCUCUGAUUUAAAACAAGACACUACUUAAGGGGGUCAAUUAAAUCAAAUGGGUGAAAAAAAAAAGUUGGAUGACUAAGAGCGUCCACUACAGUCAUUUCAGAGGAGAAGAGCGAGAAGGGCAAUGUUUUGUUUUUUUUUUAAUAUAAUCUCUUUUCAGUAGAUCACCAAUGAGUUUAUGAACUAUUUUUCUUUAUAUUUCCACCCCGUCCUCCCCCAUGCUCUCUCUACACUCACAAUGUUCAACUACCGGUAUAUAUCAGACACUGCCAAGAAUCUCUUUAAUUUAGGUGUCCAAAUAGUUUUCAUUACAUAUUUGUAGCUGUAGCUAUAUUUAUAUAGUGACAUAAUGGUAACUGCCAUAUGGAAGAGUAAGGUCAUGAAUUCAUUUGCUGAGGUUUUAAUUCUUAGAGCUUCUCUUUUAGAAGAAUUUUACACUUGAUCAAAGAGAGAAAUAAAAAAAUGUGUAGUCUAAUGUUUGCCUCCCAGUUAAUUAACUGAUCUUUAAGUAUCACUGCAUACUUCUUAAAAUGUAAACACAUUUACAUUUGUUGUAUCUGCUACUGAACCAUUAAGUUAGGCCUGAAAUUAACAGACCAUUGCAAGUAAACAAAUAGCUUUUGGAAUCAAAAUAUAAAUAGAAAAACAAGUCAUGGAUUUGCUUCUUUUCUAUCCUGCUGAAACAAAACUUAUGUGCACACACACAUAAAUAUAUUCCCCAUAAAAAAGUCUAUCUCCUCGCAGGCCUAAAUUAUAGUCAUGGCUACUAAAGUGACACUAGAGAGCAUCUGGCCACAUGCAACUUUCCAACUCUCCAUAAUAUUAGCCAGUAAGAAUCAAGAUUGAAUUUGUUUAGUUUUCUCUUCCAAAAAAUUCAGCUGUGUGCAGAACUAAGCGCUGUCUAGUUCCAAUUCAAUGUCAUUUACAGUAAUAUAACCACAUGUGGUAUUUUCAACAGGAAAGUUAUUGUGCUGGCUGCCUGGGGUUGAAGUACUCUGUCUCUAUUUAAGUUGCCCCUUCUAGGCCCCAACAUGCCAAAUGCCCCCAAUUCUGAGCAAACUGAUCAUACUGCACAAAAAUAUUAUCUACUUAUAAUUUUUAAAUAUAUAGUCAGCUCAAAACAAAACAAACAACAAACCUCAUCAACAUGGUCCAGCUGAAACCUCCAUCUGUAGUCAUUAAACCCUUCACUGAACCAAAAUGAAAAAGUAACUUUGUAAAAGGGAUAAUAGUUGAGAGAGAGAAGGGAGAGAGGAAGGCUGACCAGGACACAACAAUACUAGAUAAUAAGGAAAAUUCAAGUCCCAACCUUGCAAGUAUAUGAGCAGCAAGAUAAUUCAUUUACCCCAGUAACCUAUAUUCAACUAAAAAGUUCUGCCCAAGACAUGAAGAUCAAAUCAAACUAGGUUUUUGAGCCAAGUGUACUUCUAAACCAUAUACACACACACAAGCUACGAAAUGCAAGUCAAAUGAGGGUACUUCUUGGGCAAUCUAGGCUUAUAGCAUUAUUUCUAAUUUUUUAAUGCCCUAAUGUACCCCUCAUUUCAAAUCAUUCCCAAUCAUUUUUAACAGCACCUCUUAAAGCUCUCAAAUAUAGACACAGGGAAAAGUAGUAAUAAAUAGCUGAAGAAUUUGAUCACCACUUCAAUCGUCUGUGAGAAAACCAGUUAUUUUCAAGAAAAAUAAAAGGCUCCCCAGGGGAAAUAGAUCAAAACAUAAAAAAGUGAGUUUUUAAAACAAAUAUUUUCCUCUUCUAUGCGACUCCUGCAUAUCCUACCACAUCAUUUUGGGACAGUCACUAGAGUAAUAUGUAAAUAAAUGGUAGGAAGCAAAGCUUUUAUCAGUAGUUAAGCAAAAGUGCUGGGGCUGUUUAUGAUUCAAAGAUUCAAAAUUUAAGACGAGGUAACUAUGUCAGAACACAUCCAAGGUUCAAGAAUGGGGCUGGAGCUCUCUUAAGGCAAUCUUCAAGAAAAGAUGUUGCAUCUUCUGUGAUGACUAACUUCAAAAUGUUUUCUCCCCUUGAAAACCUGGUAUGGUUUUGUCCCUACCACAGAACUGAAGAGUAAUCUCGUUUACAAUAAAAGAAAAAAAAGUGAAAGAAAAUAUUGAAGGUUUCAUUUUGCUAUAACUAAAUCUGAGUGAUCCUAAGGAUUCCUGGGCUCACACAAUUAUUUUUUGGACAGAAUUCUACUCUCAAAUUCAUUCUUUAUAUGGGUUCACAAGCUGCUUAACCAAACUGGUUAUGUCAUCAGAAUGACUAAUGUAGCACUUAAUGUUGUACCCCAUUUAGCCUCAACUCAAAGCACCUAAAAAGUAAGAUAAAUAUAUUAUGCACCUCUGUUAUGUAUUAGUUCUUGGUAUUACCUAACCCAAUCACAUUUUAAUUCCCACCCUGUUUUAAGGGCAAAGCCAGACAGCGAAUGGUUAAAUGUUCAAGCUUGAUCCUAUAGUUGAUGCACUUAUUUUACACCUGCAGUAGGGCUUUUAGCUUCAGUGGUCCAGAGUUUUAGUUUUAACACAAGAAUACUCCUCUUGAUCUCUCUCUGCUUGACAGAGAGAUGCUAGCAUUCUUUCUUAUCCCUAAGUAACCUUGAAAGGGAGUCCCAAGUAGGACACUAUUAUUUUCCAACCUUUAAAGUUUUGGUUGCAAUCUGUUAGGGCAAUGCUUGCUCCAUGGAAGAAUGAUACAGAACAAAAAACAAAAGAUUCUAUCUUCAUCCCCAUAAUAAUAUAGGUCAUAUACAAUGAAUAUACUGUGUGAAAGACUCUCUUUAAAGAAAAUAUAAAGUGUACAAUGAAUACCAAAUGUGGGACCAUAACACAUUCCGAGCACCAACAAUCCAUUUCUUGGGACUGCAUGUAAACAGCAAAAGC